GGCCGGCGGAGCCCCGGAGCCGGUGCAGCCAGGGGGCCAUGGGCCCCGGCGGGCGCUGGGUGCGGGCGGCACACACGGCCCUCAGCGCGGCCCUGGCGCUCGGGCUCCUCCUGCACCGCACGGAUCUGCAAAAGCAAGAGGAGCGCGGGGAGCUGCUUCAGCCGCUGAUCUUCCUUUUGCUGGUUUUAUGCUCGAUCCUGCUGUACUUCAAGGUGUCUCUCAUGGAUCCGGGUUUUGUUAAGCCUGAAGAGGAAGUGAAGGAAGGUGAAGAUAAAGGCCAAGGUGUGGUGAUCCCUCAGCUUCCAGGUGACAUUAAGCUGCGGCGCUGCGGUUACUGCCUGCUGAAGCAACCCAUGAGAGCCAAGCACUGCCAGCAGUGCCAGCACUGCGUGCGGCGCUACGACCAUCACUGCCCCUGGCUUGAGAACUGUGUAGGAGAAAGGAAUCACCCUCUGUUCAUAGUUUACCUGAGUGUGCAGCUUGUGGUUCUGCUGUGGGGAGGCCAUGUUGCUUGGUCAGGCCUUUACUUUGAACAAUCCCGGGAGUGGCUGCAGCACAACAUUUUCCUCCUUGUGUCCUUCCUCCUGAUACUCAUAUUCACCAUUGUGGUCCUGCUGCUGCUUGUUUCCCACCUGUACCUGAUCUCGUGCAACACCACAACCUGGGAGUUCAUGUCCCAGCACCGCAUCUCCUACCUGCGGCACUCCGAGCUGGAGAACCCCUUUGACCAAGGGAUAAUCCUCAAUCUCUGGAGAUUCUUCUGCUCACGCCACCUCACUGCAUGGGAGAACAUCUAUUUUCACAAGAACACUGAGCCUGUCUAGUCCCACUGUGCCAGCACACCUGGCAGGUUGCUGGGUAAAACUUUGCUGUUGUUUUCCUUGCACUGAACUUCAACACAUCGUGGACUAUGCAACCUGCUCCACAACCUGUUCAUCUGCAAAUUACCUUUAAGGGAUAGUCAGGGUUAUUUUGUAUAUAUAAACAACAGUCUUAAAGGCAAGAAUACAGUUCUGGGAAGGGAAAAGCCAGCAGUGCUGAUUUCCAGACUGAGCAAGGUAUCUCUAAAUUUAUUUCCUUUUGUUAAGUGCAUCCACUAUCCUAUCUCUCAAGAAGAAAUGCAAGAUUCAUGUUCACUUCUCUUCUCCAAGGUCUCCCUUGCCUUUUGCUGCUAGGGAACAGCAGCAAUUACAGAUAAAACCAGCCAGGAUCAGUGUAAUUCCUGUGGCCUUUUUUCAGCCAAGUUCUGACUGUGAGAACUGCAGUGCCUUUUGGCAGUAGCAUCAGGCAUGUAAGAGAAAUAUUUGAGUAAAUAUUUAGAGAGCCAAAAGCAAAUUUUAUUUUGUCCACAUGCCUCAACUUAAUGCUUUCCAUGAAGACUUAAAGCUUAAUACUGUUAAUGUGCAUAAGAAAGAGCUGUAAGACAUCCAAAUAAUCUUAUGAGAUAAUUAACCUGUAUUUUGUGAUGCCCUGAGCAGCUUCCUCACAGCUUUUUAAGUUGAUGAUGCUGCUAACAAUUCACUGUUUUGAAUCAAGUCAGUGAAGAAUGAUACCAUCACUUUCCAUUGGAUAGAGAAGUAAUCCUUGGCUACUGAGUUAUUUCUGCAGAUAACUGUGCUCAGGCCUUUGCUGUAGGGAGAGAAGCAGGAGCAGAGGUGGGCACCUCAUGCCUAAAGUAACACUGCUAGUAAAACUACUACUACCUCACCUCACUAGUGACAUUUUAAUAAAAUAAUACAAUUUCAAUGGAAGAGAAAAGCUGCCAGGUCCUGAGAUGAGAGAUGCUGACAGCUUUCAGAACAGCAGCAAAAGAAUCUGUUUUCCAUUGAAAUAAAAAGUCAUACUUCAGAUUUCCAUGGGGAACUAAGAGGAAAUUUGGGAUGACUGAUCUUAGCUUUAAAACAAAAAAGGCAGUGGUGUGAAUUUUAGUCCUGACCUUUUUCUGUUAAAACAAAAACAAACAAAACAAGAAAAACCACCACAACAAAAUGUUAGCUAAAAUUGUCUUGUGCCUUAAUUGUCUUGGCUCAGGAAUUAACACCAUCUCAGAAGCACUCAGGGUUUAAAGUUGAUGAAUACUCAUGAAAAAAUAGUGUAGUUACUAAUACAGCAUGACAGUCCAAAAGCAAUUUUAAUGCAGCAAAAGAUCCCUUUUUUGAUCAGCUCCAGAGUUUGUAACCUCUGCAGAGUCUGCUUUGUUCAGGGUAGAAGCUUUAUCAGAGGGAUAUCAGAAUGCUAAGGAUUGUUUUUGUAAAUAAGUGUACACCAUUCAGAAGUAUUCUGCAGUUUGCUUGUGUUGCUGUGGUACCUGCUGAAGUGUGGAUCAUCUGUCACACUGCAAUUCCUGGUUCUUCAGGUAUCAGUCAAGUGAAAGUUUAUCAGCAGGUACAACAGCUCAAAGCACUUUUGCUCUGUCUGGUAUUUCUUUAAAAUACACCUGGGUGUUAAUUUACCUUUUUUUUUU